AUGGCCCUCUUCAAAAGGCCGUGUAUGUACUCUAAGAUGGACAAGGAGGACCCAGAAGAGGUGUUUCAACGACGAGCCAAGUUCUUGAUUUACAAAACGCUCCAAGAAGUCGACUUAAUUUCUCGGCGUUCUUCUCCUUCGUCGUCGUUUCUACGGUUGAAGCUUUUCCGUUUGAAGGUCAAGAUCGGAAAAAGUUUGACUAAGCUGCGUCGCAGCGUGGUAUUCGCUGUCAGAUUUGGUGGAAUUCGAAAGCACUCUCAAGGCGGCGUGAGAGCGUUGAACAAGCUGUUCCACGGUGGUGCAACCACCAGACUACCUAGGCCCAUUUUCACUCUUGAAGUUUGA